AUGGAUGACACCUUGUACGAUGAGUUCGGCAACUACAUCGGUCCGGAGCUAGGAGACAGCAGCGACGAGGAGGAUUCGGACGAUGAGGAGGAAGAAGAGGAGGAGGAGGGAGAUGGAGAUGGCGAGGGAGGAGAGGGUGCGGAAGGGAUGGAAGUCGAAGGCGCGGUCGGCGGCGACGCUAUUGUCCUGCACGAAGACAAAAAGUAUUACCCCGACGCUGAGGAUGUGUACAAGGGUGCGGCCACCGUCACAGCGGACGAGGACGCUCAGGGGCUCGAGGAGCCCAUCAUCGCGCCCGUCAAGACAAAGACUUUCUCCAAGCUGGAGAAGGAGCUGCCGGACACGAAGUGCUCCCCGGAGUUUAUGGCCUCUCUCAUGGAAACACCCACCCUGGUACGUCACGCGGCGGUGGUAGGGCACCUCGGGCACGGGAAGACCCUGCUCAUGGACGUCUUAGUUGGACAAAGCAGGGUGAAACCGUUCGACCCCUCGAAGGAGGUGCGGUACACGGACACCCGCGUGGACGAGCAGCAGCGGGGGCUGUCGGUCAAGUCGUGUCCGGUGUCCAUGGUGCUUGAGAGCACCGCCGGGAAAUCGUACCUGCUAAACCUCAUCGACUGCCCCGGGCACGUUAACUUCGUCGACGAGAGCGUUGCCGCCAUGAGAGCUUGCGACGGCAUCGUGCUGGUGGUCGACGCUGUGGAGGGGGUGAUGAUGCACACGGAGACUUUGGUCAAGCACGCCCUGCACGAGGGUCUCGCCAUCACCCUCUGCAUCAACAAGGUGGAUCGCCUUCUGCUGGAGCUGAAGCUGCCUCCCGCGGAUGCGUAUUUCAAGCUCGUACACACCUUGGAGGAGGUGAACGCCCUCAUCGCGGCGAACAGCACGGAAGUCACCGGCCCCCCGCAGAGGCUGGACCCGGCCAAGGGCAACGUUUGCUUCGCGUCGGCGCAGCACGGCUGGGCCUUCACCACCGCAUCUUUCGCCAAGGUGUACUGUGACGCUUACGGGGAGAUGAGCCCGAAGGAGCUUGGCAAGCGUCUGUGGGGCGACGCUUGGGUAGAUCCCACCACCCGGGCGUUCCGAAAGGGAUACCCCCCUCCGGACUGCCAGAGGACCUUCGUGCAGUUCAUCCUCGAGCCCAUGUACAAGAUUUACUCGCAGGUGUUGGGCGAGGAGGCAGACACCCUUCGGCACACGCUCGCCCAGCUUGGCGUAAGAAUCGGCAGGGAUCAGUUCUACCUUGACCCGAAGCCGCUGCUGAAGCUGAUCUUCACCAAGUUCUUGGGGUCGGCGUCUGGUUUCGUGGACGUGGUGGCCAAGCACGUACCUUCUCCGGUGGCGAAUGCGCAGAAAAAGAUAAUGAGGACCUACACCGGCGACCAGACCUCGUCCAUUGCGGUGGCCAUGGCCAAGUGCGACCCCCUCGGGCCCCUCAUGGUCAACGUGGUGAAGCUGUACUCCACGCCGGACGGAGAGGCGUUCACGGCCUUAGGGCGUGUUUAUAGCGGGGCUGUAAGAACGGGGCAGAAGGUCAAGGUGCUUGGGGAGGCGUACUCCACGCACGACGAGGAGGACAUGGCGGUCAAGGAAGUCACGGCCAUCAGCAUCAGCCAGGGCAGGACGGUGAUGGACAUCAACAUGGCGAAGGCCGGCAACUGGGUGUUGCUGGAGGGGGUGGACGCGUCGAUCCACAAGACGGCCACCAUCUGUGAGGCCGAGGAGGGCGGUCUGGGGGGAGGGGAGGAGGCGGCCAUCUUCCGGCCCCUGUCGUUCAAGACUACGUCGGUGAUCAAGUUGGCGGUGGAGCCGCUGAACCCUUCCGACUUGCCGAAGCUGGUGGAGGGGCUCCGCAAGAUCAGCAAGAGCUACCCGCUCGCACACACCAAGGUGGAAGAGUCCGGCGAGCACGUGGUUCUUGGGACAGGCGAGCUGUACAUGGACUGCGUCAUGCACGACCUCAGGGUCAUGUACGCCGACGCCGAGGUGAAGGUGGCUGACCCUUCGACGGCGUUCUGCGAGACGGUGGUCGAGACGUCCUCCCUCAAGUGCUUCUCCGAGACACCCAACAAGAGGAACAAGCUCACCAUGAUCGCGGAGCCCCUCGAGAACGGGCUGGCAGUCGACAUCGAGUCCGGAGAGGUGAGCAUCGAGUGGGACCGGAAAACUCUGGGAGAGUUCUUUCAGUCCAAGUACGACUGGGACCUGCUGGCUGCGAGAUCCAUCUGGGCGUUCGGGCCGGAGAACGACGGGCCUAACAUCCUGGUGGACGACACUCUUCCCAGCGAGGUUGACAAGAACCGCCUGAACGCUUGCCGCGAAAGCAUCGUACAGGGCUUCCAGUGGGGAUGUAGGGAGGGACCGCUCUGCGACGAGCCCAUCCGUAACGCCAAGUUCAAGAUCCUGGACGCGGUCAUCGCGGCGGAACCUAUCCACCGGGGGGGGGGGCAGGUUAUCCCGACGGCGAGGAGGGUGGCGUACUCGGCCUUCCUGAUGGCGACGCCACGGCUCAUGGAGCCCAUCUUCCGGGUGGAGGUGCAGGCGCCAGCGGACGUGGUUUCGGCCAUCUACCCCGCUCUUCAGAAGAGGAGAGGACACGUCGUUCAGGACGCUCCGAAGCCGGGGGCACCUUUCUACACGGUGAAGGCGUUCAUCCCCUCCAUCGACUCCUUCGGUUUCGAGACCGACCUCAGGGCCUACACGCAGGGCCAAGCCUUCUGCACACAGGUGUUCGACCACUGGAGCAUCGUACCGGGGGACCCGCUGGACCGCAACAUUAUCCUGCACCCGCUCGAGCCGUCGCCGCCACAGCACCUCGCCAGGGAGUUCAUGGUCAAGACCAGACGCAGAAAGGGUCUAAGCGAGGACGUUUCGAUCAACAAGUUCUUCGACGACCCCAUGCUCAUGGAGCUGGCCAGGCAACAGGCAGAGAUGGGGGCAGGGGGCAUGGUGUGAUGCGGUCGCUUUUAGAGAAAGAGAGGCGCCAACAAACCUGGUUGGUGAUACUGCUCUUUUCGGUGUUUGAAAUACGCAGCGGCGACGGGGUUUGUACGAAGAAAAACUUGUAACUUUUGAGUAGAACCGAAACAAGCCGCAUUUCAGUAGGGCUGAUCUUAUCGAGGAGCGGAGGCGGCGCGAUAUUGAGCCAAAGCAGGGCGAUGAUGGUGUAGUCGAACGAGGGUGUUCCUGACAGUCGUAGUAUCCGAGGUGAUGCCGGACUGAGAGCGUUCGGUCCCUCUGGGUGUAUGCGGCCGGCGGAAUGGAAGGGCCAUGGGGUAGUCAUUUGUUGCUUGCCUCUUGCUCUUGGCGCUAUGGGCCAUGCACCGCGUUCGAGACGGAGAAGGGGUGGGUGGCGCGUAGGGGGGAUGGUACUCGUGUAAACGCAUGCCGCAGUCGUUAGACCGUCGUUGAUUUCGCAGCAUCCCUGCAACGGAGCGGUGGCGCGUACAAGUAGGAGUUGUCAGAAUUUUUCGCCGUCGUUAUGGCGUGCAGGUUUGUUUGCGUUUCAGCCGAAGCAAAGUAGCA